UUCUUUUCACGCGAGUUUGACAGUCCCGCUGGCUUGGAAAAGAGCAGGGCAGAAAUGGCUGACACCAUAGCUGAUACAAGAAGGCUCUUUACCAAGCCUCAGAACCUCAAUGACGCAUAUGGACCGCCGAGUAACUUUCUUGAGAUUGACGUGCGCAAUCCCCAGACGAUUGGGGUUGGCAGGGGCAGAUAUACGACGUAUGAAGUCCGGCUGAAGACUAACCUUCCCAUCUUCAAGCUGAAGGAGUCGACUGUGCAAAGGCGCUACAGUGACUUCGAGUGGCUCAGGGCAGAGCUAGAGAGGGAGAGCAAGGUUGUUGUGCCCCCUCUCCCCGGUAAAGCUCUAAUCCGACAGCUGCCAUUCCGAGGGGACGACGGGAUAUUUGAUGAUUCGUUCAUCGAGGAGAGGAGACACGGUCUGGAGCAGUUUCUCAACAAAGUGGCCGGCCACCCUCUGGCCCAGAAUGAACGUUGCCUGCACAUGUUUCUACAGGACACGUCCUUGGACAAAAACUACACCCCGUCCAAAGUCAGACAAGCUUGAAAGGAUGGUGCAGCCCACCCGGCCCAAUCUGAGUCCCAGCCCACCAAACCCAAAGCUCACUCUCUCUUUUCACUGUUCCUCUCAGACAAAUAAACAAUUCAAAGAUAACCACCAACCCCUUCCCCAAAUAUAUAUAUAUCACUCACUCACCUAUGUUUUGUUCCCCCCCAACCCUUUUUUAAUAGCAGAGAGUAUUCACAGCAUCACUAUGGUCCAAAGUAAUAUCUCUUGAUGUCUGGAAAAAGCCACUGAUAUGAGUGUAUAAAUGUAUUUAUCAUUAGCCGUGUCUUGAACAUUUAUGUGGUAACUUUUCAUGUCUUCAAAGCUCUCGUAAGACUCACAGAUUGUAUAGUGAAUAUUGGCAUGUCGCAUUCUGAGUGGGCCUCGAAAACUAAUGUUGUUUAUCCCCCCCACCCCUCCAAAAAAAAAAAAGGAAGCAUGUGUGUGUCCUGUCAACCAGCACUUGUCCAAGUUAUCACAUCGCUUUUCUAGAAAGUAAAUUUACACAGAGGGAACUGCAGUAUUUCUACUGGCUAUGUACGCAUUUUGAGAUUUAUAUACUGCUGUGCCAUUAUUGUUUAUUUUGAAAAUUUUCCAAUAAAACAAGUGAAAUGUCA